ACACACACACACACACACACACUCCAGCUAAGACAGACGUAGUAGGCGGACACAAACACAUCCGCCGCCACAGUAGUGGAAACACGCACUCAGUGCUUUACACCAGCGUCGACAUUUAUUUUAUUUAUUUAUUUUUAACCUUUACACUGUGAACUGACUUCGAAGUUUUCCCGAAGAGCGAACUGACGACGUGCGGAAACAAAGAGCAGGACGACGACGAUUCGGCGUUUCCAUGCGGCUUCCCUUCACCUGAUAAACGGCGGUCGGUGAGCAGGUUUCUGUGAUACUAACGCGGACUUCAGUCCUGUCCCCAGCCCGGAAAAGACGAGUCUCGUGCCUCCGGAUCCCGCGGAAGUGGCGUCCAGAUCCUCUCGGCACCGCACCGCGCGCACACGGGGAGAGCCAUAACGGAUUACACCUGUGUCAGGAUUACACCUUUUAAUUACACUGACAAUAUUAAUGACUACACCUUCAAUAACUUCUACUAUUGCUAUUACUACAGGUACUACUACUAUUACUACUACUACUACUACUACUACUACUACUAUUAUUACUACUAUUACUACUACUACUUCUACUACUAUCUGUUCUAGAAUUAUGAAUGAGGUUUUUUAGGGCUGAGUAUGGGAGUCCACGGUGCGAGGGUAUUUGUUGAUGUCCGGCCUUGCUGUCCUGCACCAGAGUUCAGGUAGCUCACAACCAACACACCAUGCAACCCCGCAUAGCAUCUCUCUGUGCCAGGGAAAGCCUUCUGAGUGAAGCUCACAGACAGAGGGCGAAACAGACUUCUACACACACACCCAGCCCACCCUGAAGCGCACACGCUCUCUGACAUCUUCCAACUGGCAGACACAUACAGUACGUACAUACACAGUGACCGACAAAGGAGGGCAUGGGAAACUCCUCUCAAAAAGAAGGGGAGGAGGAAAAGGGAAAAGAAAAAGAAAAAGCAGAUGACAGUGAGGCGGAAGUGGAGGAAGAGGAAACGCCAAAAGUGAAAGAAGAGGAGGUGAAACAAAAGCUGCCUUCGUGUUUUAACGAGUUAAUCUCGAGUGGAGAUCCAGUGCUGGACCUGAGCCAUUUUCGUCUCCGAUACCUCCCUAAGGAAGUUCUGGGCCUGGAACAUUUGGAGAAGCUGUAUGUCUGUGGAAACCGGCUUCGCAAUCUGCCUGAUGGCAUUGCUAAGCUGCACGGCUUGCGGACUCUUGCGCUUGACAUAAACAAACUGGAUGACGUCCCGCCGAGUGUGUGCCAGUUGGCCAACCUCACCCGCCUCUACCUUGGCAGCAAUCGGCUGAUGAGCCUGCCGCCAGAUUUCAGAAACCUGCAGAGCCUACGUUGUCUCUGGGUGGACAGUAACUACUUUCAGCACUUCCCCAAGCAGCUAUAUGAGCUCCCUCACCUGCGUGCGCUGCAGAUCGGUGACAACAAACUUAAAACGCUGCCAUCAGACAUGUGGCGCAUGGAAGCACUGCGCAGCCUUUGGCUCUAUGGCAACCGCUUCACCGAGUUCCCACGUGUUCUCCUGAAGAUGGAGCAGCUGGAGGUUCUGGAUUUAGACCGAAACCGUAUCUCAGAGUUCCCAAAUCUGCUGCAGUUCCCAGCACUCCGACUCUUUUCCUAUGACCACAAUCCUGUGAAAGGGCCACCGCGUUUUGGACAGGAUGUUGUGAUUGUUGGGGAAGGGGCAGCAGAUGCCAUGGAGCAAAGGGAGAUGAGAAAGGAAAAGAAGCUGCAAGCUCAAAGAGACGCAGAGGCGGCAGCUGCAGCAGCUGCGGCCGCAGCAGCUAGCCCGAUCGUCCAUGGAAUACUAAAGAAACUCAGAAUGAGCAAGACUUUGACAACAAGUAAUGCAGUAACAGCUGAUGAAGAUGUGACAUUACGAGGCAAAGAAGAAGAAGAAGUGGCGUCUGAAAGACAUAAGGCAUUUUAUUCCAGGCAGCUUGAAUAUGAGGGUGAGGGGUACGAUGGUUAUGGAAGGGCAGAGUUGGAAUAUGAACAAGCUGAGACAGGCUAUGAGUAUGAAGGGGAGGAAGCUGAGCAAGGAAGAUGAGUGUAAUGAUCGAUUCCUCCCCUCGAUUAAGUGAAUACUCUACUCUAGCAUUUUUCAACAUAAUAUCCAUUUACCACAUCUGCACUAUAUAUGCAAAUUCCACACAGUUCCCUGUACUGAGAAAAGAGCAGAGAACCCAAAGGCCGAAACUCACUCUCAAUAGAGGUUUAAACGUAGUUGCCGAGUUCUCUUAGUAAACCGUUAAAACAUUGAAUUUUUUAUUUUUUGAUUUUUUUUUUUUUUUUCAAUUUACCUAAUGCGAAUUCAAAAAUUUUCAAUCAGUUUGCUAUACUUAGACGUGUGCAUAGAUAUAUUGGAGGGAACGGGCUCGAGAGAAAAAAAGAGCACCACAGGAAACCCACCAAAAUCUGUUAAGAUCACUACAGUAGUAGUGUAUGUUGAUUUUAAAAGUGCUGACCCCGUACAAAAAAAAAAAAAAAGGGUUGCCAUGUCAUGAUAUUAUAAAGAUUGAUCAAUCUCUAGAUCCGCAGUCAUAAACUGAAUUAGGGGUUUGUCUGGACUUAUUUUAUGAUGAUUUAUAUUUUAACAACAAGAGUAGGUCAUUUAACACUAAAAACGUUCCAGUGACAUAAACCUGCUUUCAGACUAUACUUCACCUUUCCUUGCACACUAUUUAAAAAAAUAUUUUAUAUUAAUAUGUGCUUCCUAUUCCCCAAACCUCAAAACAAUACACUCAACAUGUAGUAAACUACACAUUAUUAUCAUUGAGACCUCAGAUGUAGGCAAUAUAUAUAUAUAUAUAUCUCUACAUGACCGGUCAAAAGUUUGUGGACACUCGACUAAAAUGUUUCUCAUGAUGUUAAAAAGCUUUUGAUCCGAAGGUGUGUGAUUAAAUGUGUGAAAUCGGUGUAGAAAACUAACAUUUUAUUCACAAAAUUUUUUUUUAUUUAAACGGACGACUCGGAGAGAAAUAUGUCCGAAAAGCAGCCGAUAAGUGUCCAGCGUCGGUGUGAGCUCCUUUAAUACUGUUUAAAAAGCAUCUCAGGGAAAUUCCUCAAGAAAUUGCGUGAGAAAACGUCAAGAAUACAUUUCUGGAAAUUCUAGACGAAAAGAGCGUCUACUUUGAAGAUGCUAAAAUAUAAAAUUAUUUUGAUUUAUUUUGGAUUUUUUUUUAUCACAACAUAAUUUCCAUCGUUCCAUUUGUAUAACUCCAGAGUGUUGAUGACUUUAUUAUUAUUAUAAAAUGUAGUUAAAUAAAAAUAAAGAAUGCAUGUGUCUAAACUUUUGACCGGUAGUGUAAUAUAAAUUUUAUUCUGUUGCUAUAGAAUCACUAGGCGGGUUGUAAUUUAUAAAAUUCAUCAUGUAUCUGACACAACUUAACUACAUGCAAUCAUACCUUGAAUAUUUAAACUGUUAAACUGGCAUUGAAGUUAUCUUUUUAUUCGCUAGCUUUCUUACACGCUUAGCCGAAUGACCGGCUUGAUUUAUUUCAACAGAUUAUAUUCAUAAACCAAUCAUAAACCAUUGAAAUUCUCAGUGUUACCUUGAUGAACAGUGUGUUAGCAAUGUUACCUGCUCCCACUGGCUGUUGUUUCCAGCCUUGGAUCUGUAGUCGCUGGAGCAAAUGCAAGCCAAUACUGUAUCAUAGCUAGCAUGUAAAUGUAAACAAUAAAACCAACAAAGACUGUUGAAGAAGUGUUCAGCUACGCUGCUGGUGUCGAGUCCUCAGUAUCAAGUGCAACCCAAGCUAAAUCUGAUUGUCCAAAUCUCCAAAUACAUUUGAAUGAAGAAUUCUACAAAAAUAUUUAUGCUUUGCAUUAAGGUUUACUAACUGAAAUCAAUAACUGCCAUUAGACCACCGUUGUAAGCGAGUUUCAAGUAAACUGGGUUUCUGUUAUCUCACUACAGGGACACAUUAAAAGUCUUUUUUGUUUGUUUGUUUGUUUUUGUUUGUUUGUUUGUUUUUUGCCAGCGAUCGUACAGGAUGUGGUAAAUAGACAUUAGGUUAAAAAUUCCAGAGUUUACUCCAACAAAGCUGCUGUGAGAAAAAGUGAAACAAGUGCAAUACAGGGCUCUCACCUUUAGGUUUUGGACUUUAUUUAUUAUCAUCAAAUAACCUGUGAAGAACAAUGUACACAGUGCAGCUGUAACGGACUGAAACUUUAACAGCUUUAUACAUAAUGAAGACCAACGUGUGUGUGUGUGUGUUUGUGGUGUGUGCGUGCAAAUGAGUGGGUUAAUGAGAGAGGGUGUAAUUCUACUCUAAACCCAGUGUGCUGUAUCUGGAAUUGGAUAUCGCGAUUGUCGUGAUGUCUGUUGCUGAAACGAAAUCUCAUUAAAUAAUCAUUGCGUUUGCGAAAA